UAAAAGUCAAACUAGGUUGCAGUGUAUCCUACAUUUUUGUUUUGUUUUUUUCAGUAUGCCACGAGACAGAAAGAGGACAACAGAUAGGGGUGUCCCUUUACCUAUUAUGUCCUUAGCAGCUGCUACAGUGACAAAUGAACGCAGGACAGUGAGGUCUGUUGCAAAACAGUAUUCCAUUUGCCACACAACCCUCUACCGCUUUAUGAAAAAAAGAGAAAGGCUAGGUCCAGGAGAAGAGAUGAGGACAGGGUACUGGACUCCCAGGAGGGUGUUCUCAGCUGAACAGGAGGAUAGUUUGGCAGAUUAUCUUAGAAGAGCAGCUGACCUUUUCUAUGGUCUCAGCACUAAAGAGGUUCGUCGAUUGGCCUUCCAACUGGCUUUCUUCUAUAAGUGCUCCUACCCUGAUACCUGGAAUGAGUGCUCCAUGGCUGGCCGGGAGUGGUUUUUCGGGUUCAUGAAACGACACCCCUGUCUGUCUAUACGGUGCCCUCAAGCUACUAGUCUGUCUCGGAACACAAGUUUUAAUCGCCAUAAUGUGUCCAUGUUCUAUGAUAAUCUUGCCAUGGUAAUUGACAGAUAUCAUUUUGAAGGAACAGACAUAUGGAAUAUGGACGAGACUGGGGUCACAACGGUCCAAGAACCAGAAAAUGUUGUUGCCGGGCGCGGCGUCAGACAGGUGGGGGCAGUAACCUCCGGAGAAAGAGGAACGCUCGUGACCGUUGCAUGUGCGGGCAAUGCAUUAGGGAACAUGAUUCCACCCAUGUUCAUCUUCCCGCGGGUCCAUUUUAAGGACCAUUUCAUCCGGGAUGGCCCGCCUGGAUGCAUUGGUGCCGCAAACAAGUCGGGAUGGAUGUUGGAAGAGCAUUUUCUUCAGUUUUUGCAACAUUUUCAACACCACACGAGGGCCUCACUGUAUUCAAAGGUCCUCUUGAUUCUCGACAACCAUUCCUCCCAUCUUUCUGUUGCCGGGAUUAACUUUUGCAGAGAAAAUGGAAUUGUCAUGCUGUCUUUCCCACCCCAUUGUUCCCACAAACUACAGCCACUCGACCGCACUGUCUAUGGCCCCCUAAAACGCCAUGUAAACUCCUUCUGCGACUCCUGGAUGAGAAGCCACCCAGGCCUUACGAUGUCAAUUUAUGACAUUCCGGGGAUUGUUAGGUUGGCCCUCCCAUUGGCUGGAACACCCGUCAAUGUCCAAAAUGGCUUCAGAUGCACUGGAAUUUGGCCUUAUCACCGUGACAUAUUUAACGAAAGUGACUUUGCGCCGUCUUUGGUGACAGACCGGCCGCCACCAUUAGUUCUCCCGGAGCAGGCUGGGUCAUCCUGCUCCGUUCUUCCAGUUUUUCCACCAGUUCUUCCGGAGCAGGCUGGGACAUCCUGCUCCGUUCUUCCAGUUCUUCCUGCAGUUCCUCCAUUGCCAUUUUCACCUGAGAAUGUUAGACCCCACCCCAGAGCAGGACCACGGAAGGGAACAAAACCAAAUGGUCGAAAAAAACGCAAAUCAGUCGUCUUAACAGACACUCCCGAAAAGGAGGCUUUGGAGAAGGAGAAGGCAGGAGUGAAGAAAAAGCCAACAAAAGUCAAAAGAAAACUGACAAACACAGUUGAAACAAAACAAAAUGCCAAGGUAGUCUUAAAGAAAACGUUGAAAAAGAAACAUAUAGAGAAGGAUAGUGACUCUGAGACAGAGAAAGAUUUCUGUAUAGUUUGCUUAGAGAGCUACUCCAGACCGAGAGAGGUGUGGCUGCAAUGUUGGCAGUGCAAGGCAUGGGCUCAUGAAGCUUGCACUGAUGGUGGUUCCAUUUACAUUUGCCACAAUUGUGAGUCAGAUGAGGAAUUAAAUUGAAUACUAUCUUUACUUAAAAUAAUCAGUUUGUUGGUGUUAUAAAAUCAUUACUGCUUGUAUUACUGCUUGUAUAUUGUUGUAUACUUUUAAAUAUUUUUUCCUUUUGAAUAUUGUUAGUAGGCUAAGUCAAUGAACUCUGUUUUUGUGUUAUGAAAUCAUUA